AUGAAUAAGAACAUUACGAAAAUGCCAACUUCUACAGGCGACCUGGGCUUUGAGUGUGCCGUUAUCACCGGCGGCGCCGGAGGUAUCGGCAAAGUAAUGGCACAAUACUUCAUCUCGAAAGGCAAGAAGGUUCUUAUUGCCGGCCGAACAGAGUCGAAGCUCCAAGACACCAUGAAGGAAAUCGGAGCCGCGGGCUAUUACGUCCUCGAUACCGGCGAAGUCCAAUCGAUUCCAGAUUUCGUCAAGCGAAUUACUGCAGACCAUCCUGAACUGGACUGCCUGGUCAACAACGCCGGUGUACAGCGACCCCUGGAGGUCCUUAAGGAUGACGACUUCCUUUCAAAGGCAGACCAAGAGAUCGACAUCAACAUUCGGGGCCCGAUGCACCUAGCCUUGGAGUUCCUGCCUCAUCUACAGGCCAAGAAGUCUGCUCUCAUCGUCAAUGUUUCGAGCGUUCUCGGGUUUAUCCCAUUCUCCAUCAUCAACCCUGUUUACAACGGCACCAAAGCGUGGUUGCACUUCUGGAGCAUGAACCUCCGCACACAGCUGAAGAAUGGAGGAUCAAAAGUUAGAGUGGUGGAGAUUGCGCCACCGACAGUCUCCACCGACCUGCACCGAGAAAGAUUGGACCCCAAUGACAACAAGAAGGAGAAUAACCCCAACGCCCUUAGCGUUCAUGAGUUCAUGGACCAAGUUGCUAGCAAACUGGAGAAUGGAGAUGAGACCAUCGGGCCAGGAAUGGCUGGGGAGGUUAUUGAUCGCUGGUACGGAGCUUUUGGAGAACAGUACGCAAAAGCAGCUGAAGGCAAGUAA